GGGCGGAAUCGCCUUUCCUGCUGCGCCAUCCCGUUCCCUCAUUUCCGCUUCCUCUCGCUUUGCGGCUCUGUCGCUCCGUUCCGACGGGAGAAAGGAGCCCUCGGGGCCCGUCCCACGCCCGCCAAGAUGUCGUACAUGCUGCCGCACCUGCACAACGGCUGGCAGGUAGACCAGGCCAUCCUCUCGGAAGAGGACCGCGUCGUGGUCAUCCGCUUCGGGCACGACUGGGACCCGACCUGCAUGAAGAUGGAUGAAGUCGUAUACAGCAUUGCUGAGAAGGUAAAAAACUUUGCUGUUAUUUAUCUCGUGGAUAUCACUGAAGUACCAGACUUCAACAAGAUGUAUGAGCUGUAUGAUCCCUGUACUGUCAUGUUUUUCUUCAGGAACAAGCACAUCAUGAUUGAUUUAGGUACAGGUAAUAACAACAAGAUCAACUGGGCAAUGGAAGAUAAACAAGAGAUGAUUGACAUUAUUGAAACUGUUUAUAGAGGAGCCCGCAAAGGUCGAGGUUUGGUGGUAUCACCAAAAGAUUAUUCCACUAAAUACAGAUACUGACAUUUCUUCGGGGCUGGCUUUUAUUUUUUAGAAUCCUACAUUGACUUAAAUUUAUUCUUGUGUAUGGGGUGUGUACAUAUAUAUAUUAAACCAAACAAACUAUAAAUCCUUU